GAAUAUUCCGUAACUAGAAAGAUAUCAAAAAUUUUUAAACUGAUAUUGAAAGUACUAUGCCUAAUGAGUAAUGAGUUCUCGUCUCAGAGGCCAAGACCCACUUUGGGGUUUCAGCGCCAGAGGAGUAAGUCUAUUUAUUACGAAAACAGGACGAAAACGAUUCCGGAACACCCGGAAGGAUUCCAGUUUGAUCAGGGAAUAUCUGUACCUAGCUUAACGUAUUCUGUGGACAGUAUUUUGACAGAAAUGAGGGCUGACCAACAUUACAAUUUUUAAGUUGACAGUUCAUAAAAACAAAUUAAAGUUUGAAAAUAUUUGCAAUAUUACUCUAAGAGAUGAAAUUUUGCCUCAUGCUUAUUUAUGUAUUAAUAAAACCCCCUCUUAUUAAGUAUAAUACCUUUGAAAGUGGCACAAGAAAUGGAAAAACUGAAUAUCUCAAUAAGUGCAUAUUUGUCGCCUGAAAUAAUGAAAAAGUUAUCGCAAAAUAGAAUUUUUACGAUACGGGAUUUUAUUCAGGAGGACGUUGAUAAGUUGACGCAUAUAACUAGAUUGAACAUUCCAAGCAUUAUAGAAAUAAGAGAUAGUAUUUUUAAACUAUAUUCGGCGCCUGUAAAAAAUGGACUUACGUACCUUACAGAAACUGCAGUAAAAGAAAGGUUCCUAAAAACUGGUAUUAAGAGCUUAGACACAGUAUUAAAUGGUGGCAUACCCAUUGGAUAUAUAACUGAAGUAUGUGGCUUGGCUGGAUCAGGGAAAACACAGCUCUGUAUGCAGAUAGCUAUAAAUUGUGUGAAUCUAAGUGAGAAAACAGUCCUAUACAUUGAUACAAAGGGAGAUUUCUCAGCUGUAAGAAUACAAAAGAUUUUACAUGCAUACGGGCUUUCCCAUAAGGAAAUGGCAAUAAUUAUGAUGAAAAUUAAAAUAGUUUAUAUUUGGUCAAUGGAAGAAUUGAUACAAUUAUUACAAGACAUUAAAUUCAAGAAAAUAUGUCUGGAUAGGUUGUCAUUGAUAAUAAUAGAUUCUCUGCCAAGUUUAAUGUUUCAACACUUUGGCGAUGACAAUAAAAUGGGUUUAAAAUUUUUGAAUAUAUUUGUAAACCAUGCCAGAUAUUUAUGCCAAGAGUUUAAUAUCUGUGUACUUUGUGUUAACACUGAAACGAGAUGGAUUGACCAAGAUGUACCAGAUGCAGAUGGCGACACCACAUGUUCAACUUCUAAAGAAAAUGUGUAUGUUGAGACAAAAAAUCGCUGUUUAGGAAAAUAUUGGCGACAAAUACCAUUAAUUGUUUUGCUACUUGAAAAAUCUACAUCAACAAGCAAUGAUACUAAUAAUCAAAAUGUUAAUAUAACCGUGAUAGAUUCCAAUAUGCAUCAGAAUUCACAAUGUUCUAUCAAUAUAAGCUGUUCAGGUGUAACCUAAUAAAGUUUUUACAAAA